AUGUUUCCAACUAACAUCUCUUCCACUUCACAGCCCAGUUCCUCAAAACCUUCCACUUCCUCCAACACGACAUUGCCAAAUUUAGAGGUCGCUCAUGACAUGUCAGUUUUCAACGAGGAACUGCGGUUAGCUGCUAGCACACCAAAGAAGCGUGCCGGGAGGAAGAAGUUCAAGGAGACUCGCCACCCUGUGUAUAGGGGUGUAAGGAGGAGGAACUUAGAUAAAUGGGUCUGUGAAAUGAGAGAGCCAAACAAGAAGACUAAAAUUUGGCUAGGAACUUUUCCAACAGCCGAGAUGGCAGCCCGAGCUCACGAUGUUGCAGCAUUGGCAUUGAGAGGUCGUUACGCCUGUCUCAACUUUGCAGAUUCGGCGUGGCGACUCCCCGUUCCUGCCACUACCGAGACAAAAGAUAUACAAAAGGCAGCUGCACGAGCCGCCGAAGCUUUCAGACCAUAUAACAAGACUUUAGAAUCAGACGAGGCUUUUAGACCAGACAAGACUUUAGAACUAGACGAGGCUUUCGAACCAAAUAAGACUUUAACGACUAAUGACAUUGACACGACAGUAGCUUCUGCCACAGAAGAGCAACUUAUGUUUCGUAUGGAAGAGGAAGAAGAAGAGAAAGAGCUGAGCAUUCCAGAAAUGCUAAAGAAUAUGGCAUUAAUGUCGCCAACACAUAGCUUGGGACAUGAGGAUGAACAUAAUGAAGCAGACUUUGAAGACGUUGAGGUGUCACUAUGGAGUUUUUCAAUUUGA